AUGCCUGACUUGUUGGCGGCAGGUUUGCCGUUGCCAGUGGAAGCGCAGAGUGCACGGCAGCAAGCUGAUGGUGCAGGUAGUGACAGUGGUUGGAACCAGAAUGAUCCAUUUUCACGGACGGACAAGUGGAUUGGAAAUCCACCUCAGCCAUCCUUUGAGAAGUGGCGUGAUCGUGAAAGUGAAGUGCUCAAUUGGGCGCAGUAUGUGGCGGAUUUGUCAGCAUGGGCGUCCCAAGCAUCUUUGCAGUUUGGGACUGAGAUUCUGCAAGCGUCUAGGAGUGCCACGUUGAUCCAUGCUUUCAUGGAAGGAGUGGACAUUCAG